GAGGGGGCCAGUGCUGUGGCGCAGCAGGUUAAUGCCCUGGCCUGAAGCGCUGGCAUCCCAUAUGGGUGCCAGUUCGAGACCUGGCUGCUCCACUUCCCAUCCAGCUCUCUGCUAUGGCUUGGGAAAGCAGUAGAAGAUGGCCCAAGUCCUUGGGCCCCUGCACCCAUGUUAGAAACCCGGAGGAAGCUCCUGGCUCCUGGCUUUGGAUCAGCGCAGCUCCGGCAUUCCAGCCAAUUGGGAGUGAACCAUCAGAUGGAAGACCUCUCUCUCUCUCUCUGCCUCAGGGGCCGGGGGAAGGACCGCCCAGCCAGAGGGGACUUCCUGGGGAAGGCAGGGCUUGAACAAGUCCUGGCCCACCCCGAGGUGUCGCCAGCUCUGGGUGCAGGAGAGUUCCCGGGAAGAGAGACAGAAGCAGACGUGGCAAUGAGCAGGGACCAAGCCCUCGGGGCCAAGCCAAGGGCUGAGUGUGAGCUGAAGGCUCUGGGAGUGCCUGGCAUUGUGAACCCCAGGAGGCAGGACGGGAAGGACUGUAGCAAGGACCUGCCGGGAGGCACCAGCAGCAGGGCCAGGAGAUGGGAGCAAGCACCAGGAGCCUGGCCACACACAGCCACCCAGGGACGGGGACGGGGCAGUCGGAGGAUGACACCCUCACUGGGGCCGCCCUCCCAGCUGUGCACCCUAGCAUCCUCCAUCCUCCGCCAGAAGGGACAGCCCGCCAUGCCCAGAAGCUACUUCUCAGCCCAGUGCUGCGUGCACCUGAGAGCUGGUCCAGCCGGGGCAGGGGGGGGGGCCCUUCUGACACACAGGCCCCAGGCCUCCUUAGAGUGGUCCUGGCCUGAGCCCAGGUGAGAAGGUUGACACCACGGGCCCUGGGGCCUGACUGCUCCAGCCAGGCUGCAUUAGCGAGAAGAGGCUCGCUUCGUUCUGUCUGCCAAAGGCCUUCUGGGGGCAGAGUGCAGGGUGCGGUGGGGCGUGGAGUGGUGUGUGCCGGGCUGGCAGGGAGUGCACGCGGGUCUGUGUGCCUCUGAGCAAGCCCCAGGACUCAGACAGGGGACUCCACCCUAAGUCCCUAAUCUAAUCUGAGCGCUCUCCAAAGGCCCUGGUCUGGGAACCCAGCCCAGUGGGACCCAGAAUGCCUGGCCUCCUCCCUCCCGGUCCCUGACUCAGGUUCUUAGUCCUCUGUCUGGCGUCUGCAGGGGCAGAACUGCAGGCUUCCUAGGGUCACUGAGCCCCCCACGGGGAGGGGGCAGCUUCCUCGAGCGCUUCAGGGGCUUCCUGGGCAGUCCUAUCAAAGGCAUGGCCUCUGGGCGGGCGCCUUCUGCAGCAAGUCCCGGCGGCUCCACUUCCCAUCCAGCUCUCUGCUGUGGCCUGGGGAAGCAGCGGAAGACGGCCCAAGUGCUUGGGCCCCUGCACCCGCGUGGGAGACCUGGAAGAAGCUCCUGGCUCCUGGCUUCAGUCUGGCCCGGCUCCAACCAUUGUGGCCAUCUGGGGAGUGAACCAGCAGAUGGAAGACCUCUCUCUCUAUUCCCCCACCCCUUAACUCUGCCUCUCACAUAAAUAAAUAAAUCCUUUUAAAAAAAUUGUUUAUUCAGGGCCGGCGCCGUGGCUCACUUGGUUAAUCCUCCACCUGCGGCACCAGCAUCCCAUCUGGGAUCCAGGUUCUAGUCCUGGUUGCUCCUCUUCCAGUCCAGCUCUCUGCUGUGGCCCGGGAGGGCAGUGGAGGAUGGCCCAAGUGCUUGGGCCCUGCACCCGCAUGGGAGACCAGGAAGAAGCACCUGGCCCCUGGCUUCAGAUGGGUGCAGCACGCCGGCUGUAGCAGCCAUUUCGGGGGGUGAACCAACAGAAGGAAGACCUUUCUUUCUGUCUCUCACCAUCUAUUUCUCUACCUGUCAAAUAAAUAAAAAAUGGUUUAUUCAAAAGGUAGAGAGAACAACAGAGACUGAGAAAGACAGAGAGAUACAGAGAUCUUCCAUCUGCUGGUUCAAUCUCCAAAUGCCCACCACAGCUGGGGCUGGGCCGGACUCAAGCCAGGAGCCUGGGACUCCAUCCUGUUCUCCCACAUGGGUGGCAGGGGCCCAAGUUCUCGAGCCAUCACUGCUGCCUCCCAGGGUGUUCUCAGGGUGUGCAUUAGCAGGAAGCUGGAGCAGAGAAGUGAACCCAGGAACUCUGAUACGGAAUGUGGGCCUCUUCAGUUUACAAGGGCUGAACCCUGUUUUGCUUCAUUUAUUUAUUGGAGAGACACACCUGCUCCUUCACUCCCCAAAUGCCCAUUCCGGCCAGACCUGAGGGGGCUGAAGCAGGGAGCCGGGCACUCAGUCCAGGCCUCCUGCGCGGGGGCAGGAGCUCCACGAGCAGUACCGCUGCCUCUCAGGCCGCACUGGCGGGCGGCUGGAGUCAGGAGCCAGCGCUGGGAGUGGAGCCGGGGACUCCGGCGUGGGCACAGGCAUCCUUACGGCCAGGCCAGACGCCCCUCUCCCCCACCCUGCUCAGGGUCUGUGAAGCAUACCGGUUGUAAGCGCAGCCUUCCAGCAUUCUGCAGAGAACCGAACUCUGCCGGAGACGGGAGGCAGCAAUCAGAGCCACAGCCCGUGAGUGGCAAGGGGACUUUCCGUGUAGACUGCAAAUUCAACUGUCUUCGUAAGCUUCAGUUCCAAACCUCAAGAUCGUCUCCAGCUGUCAGCCCCGGCUUCCAACUUUGUAUACGUGUGUCGGGGGAGAGGGAGUGGGAUUUCGUUGUAGGCUUUUUUCUUAAACCAUUUGUGUUUGUUUAUUUGAGAGGUGGAGAGACAGACAGAAAGAGCCUCCACCUGCCGGCUCACUCCCCAAAUGCCUCCACGGGCCUGCAGCAGCGGAGCCGGAAGGAGCUAACGCAGAGCCUGGAGCUCACUCACUCGAGCCAUCACUGCCUCCUAGCGUCUGAAUGGUUGGGAGCUAGAGCCAGAUGUCGAAGGCAAAGAGAGAUACCAAGAGAAAUCUUCCACCCACUGGUUCACUUCCCAAAUGCACACAACAGCUAGGGCUGGGCCAGCCUGCAGCCUGCAGCCAGGAGCCCCGUCCAGGUCUCUGACAUGGUGCUGGUGCUGGUGCUUCAGCGAUCACCUGCUGCCUCCUUGGGCGUCCAUCGGCAGGAGGCUGGAUCAGAUGAGAGCAGCCGGGACCCAAACCAGGACCGCCAACGUGGGACGCAGACAUUUCACGCCAUAACUUAACCAUCGUGCCAAACCCCGGCUCCCACCUUUUGCUUUUAGAGAACAAAAAACUGGUAAGCUGGUGGCCAGCGUGUUCCGUGCAGGUGAGCAGGAAGUGACGUACCAGGAGGGCCACAGAGGAGAAAGACGCCACGUGUCCAAAACACAGCCAGCAGCUGGUGAAGCAAGACUCAACCCCCCCCCCGCCCCGUCUUUCCCCAAAUCCCAGACACUUAAAAAUGCUUUUUUAAAAAAUUGUGAACUAUUCAAACAUACAGGGAACAAAGCUACGGCUGUGAAUGUAUGUACACUCAGAACUCUCUGCUUCACAAAGCGAAACACCGUGACACAGGUGCUGCUGAGCACUUUCUAGGAAAGGCAGCUCCACGCCUCCUCCCCCCCUCCCCAAGUUACCCCUCCCCCGCAGUUCUGACACCCACGGCCCACACAGCCAGCAGCAGUGUGAACCAGUCAUUUUUGGUGGUUUUUUAAAACGUAUUUAUUUGAGAGGCAGAAAGAGCUCUCCUCUGGUGCUCGCUCCUCAAAUGCUGAGAAAAAAAAUGAAGCGAGCGCUGGGAACCCAGUCUGGGUCUCCCACGUGGGCGAUGGGAACCCAGUCUCUCGCGCCUUUUUGGCUCCUCCCCAGGGCCUGCAUCAGCAGCAAGCUGGGGUCAGGAGCUGGGGCCAGGCACUCUGAUCCGGGAUGUGGCGUCAGCCACUAGGAUAAACAACCACCCAGGAAACCUCCGUGUUUUCCAGCUGGAAAUAAAUGCCCUCGCUUGAUAGAAUCGUGGAACUUUAUCAUCUCCUCCUUCAUGUCUUCGCUC